UGCUUUACCAUUCUGUCUGCAUUUCUCUUCCAGGACUGGUCAAUCGCCUCAAAGCCUAUCAAAGUACCUCAGUACUUGACAGGCUCUCGCCAUGGCGGACACUGCUCAAUAUGGAUCCGGCAUCAUUCGCACAGGAAGCGGACGCAAGACUUACGCUCCGGAUGGCAUUGUCAAUGACCACGACGACCUGAAGUCUUCCAGCGAGGAUGAGAAGGACUCUGAUGCGGCUGGUACUUCCAACGACGAGGACAGAGACGCAGAAAAGGGCGACGCCAAGAAAGAGCAGUCGGGAUCAAAGGACGAUGAAGAGAAAGACCCAAAUGUCGUGGACUGGGAUGGAGAUGAUGAUAAAGAGAACCCCAUGAAUUUCGCUCCGGCCAGGAAGUGGACCAUGGCAGUGUCUAUGGGUUUGAUGACUUUGGUUGUCACGUUCGCCUCGUCCGUCUUCAGCAGUGCGACUAUGGUCACGGCAAUGCAGUUCGGCGUCAGCGAGGAAGUCAUGAUUCUGGGAUUGGCUCUCUUCGUUCUGGGCUUCGCUUUUGGACCUAUCGUUUGGGGACCGAUCUCCGAGCUGUACGGAAGACGCAUUCCCCUGUUUACCGGAUACUUCAUCUUCGCCAUCUUCCAGAUUCCGGUCGCCGUAGCCACAAAUCUGCAGACGAUUUUUGUGUGCAGAUUCUUUGGAGGGUUCUUCGCCUCCGCGCCGCUCGCUGUCGUUGGCGGAGCCCUCGCGGACUUCUUUGACCCAGUCAACCGUGGUGUGGCGCUGACCAUUUUCGGUUCGGCGACAUUCAUUGGACCUACCCUGGGACCCAUCAUGGGUGGUUUCAUCACCAUGAGCCACCUCGGCUGGCGGUGGACGCAAUGGAUCACCAUGAUCAUGGCUGCGUUGUUCGGCACGAUCGGCUUCAUCAUUAUCCCUGAGACAUACGCUCCCGUACUGCUCCAGCGCAGGGCCAAGAAGCUACGCUACAAGACCCGCAACUGGGCCAUCCAUGCUCCGGCCGAUGAGAAGCAAAUCGACUUGAAGCAGAUCGGCGAGCAAUACAUCCUCCGACCAUUCAAGAUGCUUGCUCUGGAACCGAUCUUGGUGCUUGUCACGCUGUACAUGUCUCUCAUCUACGGUAUCAUCUACCUCUUCUUCGAAGCGUUCCCCAUCACCUUUCAACAGCAGCGCGGCUACAAUCUCGGCGUCGGCUCCCUGCCCUUCCUCGCCGUUCUGAUCGGUGUCCUCUGCGGCUGCGGCAUCAUCGCAACCAUGACCAAGACUCGCUUCGCUCGCAAGCUGAAGGAGAACAAUGGCACCGUCGUUCCAGAAGAGCGUCUUCUGCCUAUGAUUAUUGGAGGUGCCCUUUUGCCCAUUGGUCUAUUUUGGUUUGCAUGGUGCUCUUCACCUAACAUCACGCCAUGGCCUCAGAUUAUAGCCGCGGCACCAAUCGGCGCAGGAGUUAUGAUGGUGUUCUUGCAAGGGUUGAACUACAUUAUCGAUGUCUACAAGUGGAACGCCAACUCCGCCAUUGCAGCCAACACCUUCUUCCGAUCCUGGGUCGGCGCCGGCUUCCCCAUGUUCGCGGUCCCAAUGUUCAACAAGCUGGGAGUGCCGUGGGCGAUGAGCUUGUUGGCAUUCCUGUGUGUGGCGCUUUUCCCGGUGCCGAUUCUGUUCUUCAUCUAUGGAGAGAAGAUCAGGAAGUUGAGUAAAUACUCGCCUAGUUGA